CCUACCGUAAUGCUACUUCCAUCCCUAUUAAAUAGUAAAAGAAAAAUUAAGUAAUAAACAAAUCACAUUUCAGUGAUUCAUCAAGUAGAACCGAUUUGCAAUGCUGGAAAACUGCCAGAGGCACCACAUGCUCAUUGGGCUUGGAGCCCUGACUAUUGUUACCAUUCUAGUCCUGAUAGUGGAGUCGCGUUAUGCAGCUGAAGGACCCCGUCGCACAAGGGAGCAGCAGUUCGUCAUUGAAAACAACUCGACCUGCUGGCGGACCGAGAAGUACACCGUGGUGCAGGAGUGCCAUCCUUGCAGUGACUUCGACAUAGUUAGCCGGAGCCUGGGCGUCUGCAUUCAUACCCACUACAAGGAGGUUCUCCGCUGUCAGAGCGGGGAGAUUGUGACCAAAAGCUGUGACCGUGUGGCGCUCAUCGAGCAGCGUAACUUUGUCAAGUUCGAGGCCCUUUGCCUUGUGGUCGGAGUGCUGGGCUACUUGGUUAGCUAUGCCCGGGACCGUGUCCUGUCUAGGCGGAAUUACAUGCGGAUAGAGAGGCAGCUGAAUCGGGUGCAAUAAUACUGCUUAAAAACCACCCAACCCUGUGAUACUCAUUGCUGUACGGGAGGUACAUUACAUUAUUUUAUUAAAUUUAAGUACAUACACUUGAAAUACCUUUGUUAAAAUUCAUUUGCUAAUACUAAAGGGUAACUGAUAUUGCAUAUUCUGCAUUGGAA